AUGGCCAACGAUAUCGAGAACACCACGAGUGUCGAGCACGUCGCUCAACACGAAGAGAAGAAGAACAUCAAUGCCGCCGAAAUCGAGCGGGUCAUGACUCCCGAUGACCUGAAGAAAGAUCACCAAGACUAUGGCCGUAUCGAUGCCGAAGUCGCAAAAUACGCCAACGCAACCCGCAUAGAAAUCACUCCCGCCGAAGACAAACGCCUAAAACGCAUGAUCGACAAACGCGUCCUCACAAUCAUGGUCUUCACCUACUUCCUCCAAGCCCUAGACAAAGGCACCCUAUCUUUCACCUCAAUCAUGGGCCUCCAAACCGACCUCCACCUAGUCGGCCAACAAUUCUCCUGGCUAACAACAUGCAUCUACAUCGCAAUCCUCAUCGUCGAAUACCCAAUAAACCGUCUCAUCCAAGUCCUCCCCAUCGCAAAAUUUCUCGGAACGUGCGUGAUAAUCUGGUCAGCGGUCCUCGCGUGCCAUGCUGCGGCACACAAUUUCACGGGAAUGGUCGCGUUGAGAACGCUUCUGGGCACGUUCGAAGCGGUGUGUCAACCGACGUUCUUGAUCAUGAGUUCCAUGUGGUAUAAACGUGAGGAACAAGCGCUCAUGGUCUCGUUCUGGUACGCGAUGAACGGAAUGCAACAAAUCGUCGGCGGUCUCUUGGCCUACUGUUUCAGUCUGAUUCAUUCCGGACCCAUCAAAUCUUGGCAAGCCAUCUUCAUCACGUACGGAUGUUUCUCUGCGCUCUGGGGCGUCUUCGUGAUUUGGUAUUUACCGGAUUCUCCCAUGCGCGCCACGUGUUUUUCCGAAGACGAUAAACAUCUGAUGGUGGAACGCGUGCGAGCGAAUCAGACGGGUCUGCAAAAUAAGAAGUUCCGGAAAGAGCAAAUGUGGGAAGCUUUUACCGAUUUGCAGUGUUGGUGCUAUUGCCUCAUACAAUUCUGCACGACUCUACCUACAGGCGGUCUGGGAGCUUUCGCGAAUAUCAUCAUCAAAGGGUUUGGGUUCACGACGCUGCAAACGCAACUUCUCGCCAUGGUCUUGGGAGCGUAUAUCAUCAUCAUCUUAUUCUCCUCCGCAUGGCUGGUCAAGAAAACGCAACAGAAUAUUUUGAUCAUGGCGGUUUACUGUCUGCCGAGUUUUGCGGGCACGAUUGUGUUGAUGACGGUGGAGAAUACGAGUACUGCGACGGAAGCGGGACUUUUGAUCAGUUAUUAUGUCGUGUUGAGUUUUUGGGCGGCGCAAGGUUUGGGGAUGAGUAUGUUGAGUCGGAAUGUUGCGGGUCAGACGAAGAAGUCUGUGGCUGUGACUAUGAAUUUUGUCGCGUGGGCUACGGGGAAUGCUAUUGGUCCUCAAGUGUUCUUGAAGUGGAAUGCUCCGAGAUACUUUAUUGCCUUCUCGACGCAUUUGGGAUGUUACACUUUGCUUAUCUUGACUCUGAUCGUUUUGCGGUGGACGCUGAGCAAGCGCAAUUCUCAACGGAACGAAGCUGCUGCUGCGGGUGUGCAUGAGGCUUCGGAUGAUGCUAUGGUGCAUGCUUUUGAGGACAUGACGGACAAGGAGAAUCCCAACUUCCGGUACAUGAUCUAG